AUGUCAAAUUGUUCUUUUUAAAUAUUUAUUUUCAGCCUACCCCUCUUGUGUUCCCAUGGAAGGCGCUGAGUUUAUCUAAUAUCAGGAGCACAUCCAGAAGCCUUUAAGGAGGGGGAUGGCUCUUCAUAUUCAUGAAGCUUGCAUACUUCUGUUGGUCAUCCCUGGAUUGGUCACCUCUGCUGCCAUCAGUCAUGAAGACUAUCCUGCUGAUGAAGGUGACCAGACCUCCAGUAAUGACAAUCUGAUUUUUGAUGACUAUCGAGGGAAAGGGUGUGUGGAUGACAGCGGCUUUGUAUACAAGUUGGGAGAACGAUUCUUCCCAGGGCAUUCCAACUGUCCAUGUGUCUGUGCUCUGGAUGGACCUGUUUGCGACCAGCCAGAAUGCCCUAAAAUUCACCCAAAGUGUACUAAAGUGGAACACAAUGGAUGCUGUCCUGAGUGCAAAGAAGUGAAAAACUUUUGUGAAUAUCAUGGGAAAAAUUACAAAAUCUUGGAGGAAUUUAAGCCCUCUCCAUGUGAAUGGUGUCGCUGUGAGCCCAGCAAUGAAGUUCACUGUGUUGUAGCAGACUGCGCAGUUCCUGAGUGUGUCAACCCAGUCUAUGAACCAGAGCAAUGUUGUCCUGUCUGCAAAAAUGGUCCAAACUGCUUUGCAGGAACUACGAUAAUUCCGGCUGGCAUUGAAGUGAAAGUGGAUGAAUGUAACAUCUGUCACUGUCACAACGGGGACUGGUGGAAGCCUGCUCAGUGUUCCAAACGUGAAUGCCAAGGCAAGCAGACUGUGUAGGACAGAUUCCCAACCGACGACGAGCUCUUAGGAGAAGAUGCUAUGGCUUCGACGUUGCACACGUUUGAAACAAGACAGAACAAACUCCUGCCAGCUACAACAGGGUCACCAGCAAAACCUUCUAGGGUUGACAAAAGUGAAUAUUUUACUAAGAGGAAAUUUCUCUUUCUUUCUUGCUAUAUAAAAUAUACAUAGUAUAUAGCUAUAAAAACCGCUUUUGUAAUUAUCCAUGCUUGAUGGUGACUUGACAUCUGGAUUUCUGGGACAAAAAGAAAUAGCCUCAUAGGGGCUCCUUCUCUGGUGACAUCUCUGGCCUGCCAGCUCAUCAUCUACUGAUUUACUCCAUUUUCUACUCUUCUGUAAACAUGGCAUUUUUUGCUCUUGUAGUAAGUUUUUCCUCUUUGUAGUCUAAGGGGCCAGAUUUGACUGCAAAGUAAAGUUCUGAGUUGUGUCAAACGAGCUUUGGUAAAGCAAUGUCAGUAGGGAGGACCCUUCCUGACCAGGAAGAUGCAAAAGCAUCCAACCAAUCGCCUCCCUCGAGGGAGUCAUGCCCUGCAGGGUCAGGAGAGAGAUGCGCACAUGGACAGACCCCUGCUGGGCUGGGUGGGGAACCGGCGCGUGGUGCAUUACGCAGGGUGUCACAGUUCGAUUCUUAGAAACCACACGUUUUAUACACCAAACCUGGAAGCUGCCAAUCAAAAAGUAAUAUAUGAAGAACACCAUGAGCUUGACUGAAGAAUCCAAAGGGAGACAGGUAGUCAGAACUGCAGCGUUCAUCACCAGACUGUCUCAUGAUGCUGAAUUUAAGUUCGGCUUGUAACUAAACACACUCUGAACCCGCUCUGUCACCUGGCGCGGCAAACACCAGAACCAGGGUGAGUCGCCCCACUGUGAAUCUGAAUCCUUCUGAACACUUCUGGCUUUUGAGUUCAGGUCUGGCUGAAAGCCAGUAGUCUACACAGGCAGUGUUUCCAGUCCGGGACUAUGUCUGCCGCAUUAUAGUAACAGCCGCUCAGCCCUGUGUCUAAAACCCUGAUUCAGGACACUCUUUCCACCUCAAGUGCUGAUUUAAAUUAAAGAUUAGGGUAGAGGAGUCUUGCACAAUACAAUUCCAUUUGUUGAACUUCUUUUUUAAAUGUAUAUAUUAAAUACUGAACAAUUAAAGUGAACCUUUGAAGAGACUCAAGGUUGCCCUGGUAAUGCUGCUAGUAUAGUAAUAGAAAAAAUAAAACACACAGGGUAUCUGACGCCACCUGGAUUCAAGUACAAAUUUAGCAAAUUCUGAAACCACAUGGCAUAGCUAGUCGUUUAUUCCACUCUCUGUCGAUAACCCUGGCGCAGACCUGGCAGGGUCCUUGAGGAAACUUGAAGGUUGUCUUCAUUGUCGACGUUCUUUCCUUUUCUGCUCCCACCCCCACCCCGGGCUUGGCCACAGCUCCUGUGGAGUACCGCAUUCCAGCACUAUUGACGUUUGGGGCCGAUUGUUGUCGGGAGCUGUCCUGCGCAUUUUUAGGAUGCUUAACAGCAUUCUUGGCUUCUAUCCACUAAAAGCCAAGAACAGCACCCUAACUAUCACAACAGAAUGUCUCCAGACAUUGCCAAAUGUCCCCGAGGUGUGGGAGAGGGGCAAAAUUUCACCUGGCUGAGAACCAGUGGUCUAGAAUAAUCAGUAUGACGUGGUUUUCUACCCAGGGGACAGACCAGGCAAGGUCUGGCUGAGGCUGGGGCUUUGCUGAGCCUCUGAGCCCUUCCAGACGGGCACCAUCAGCAGCCCUGACGGGGCGAGUCAGUCUCCUCCCAAAGGAGUGAUGCUUCUACGCCACAGGUCCACCCUCAGGACACACAUUUCUUUAGUCUCAUCAGCUGGGUUUUCAUUUAAAAUUGUCAAGCCUCUCCUCCCUGGAAGCACCUCCUGUCAUCAAGAAGGAGUUGUCAUUUUCAAAAUCAAUGCGUUGACGAGUUGGACCUGACACUUCUCACGCACACCUUGCUCGUGUUAUGACACAAAUAGCCACGCCGGCGCCAUCCGAGGAAGAACAUCGAGCCGCCUUCCCUUAGAACACAAAUUUGCAUCAAGGUUGGUGCUUUUCAGUUGCCACCCUGGAUACAUCAUAUAGACAGUCAUGAAUAAUUCAUGAACCAUUCAUGAACAAUUCUGCAUGAUUUAUUCCUGCACUCCAAAGUAAAGGCACUCCACACUUCAGCCUGUGUCUGGACAGAGAUGUAUUAUAGAGCUUUCUCUGCCCUGAGGUUGCCUAUUGCCAGCUUCAAAAAUCUACACUCUUGGAAAGAAAUAAUCAUAAUAAUAAAUGACAGGAAUAAGGUUUGAAACCCAGAAAACAUCAUUAAUAGAGCCAUGUAGCAUAGUAUCCCAUCUAUUAUUAAGGAGUUACUAUGUCCUUUUUAGGAAAUGAAAGGAGAGAACAACUGGGAAGCCAGGCUACAGAAAUUUUGCAUCAAAGUCUUGGCACAGUGAUGGUCACAGCAAGAAGUUUCUGGAAUGGAGUAUAACAUCCAACAAGAAAUUCUCUUCAGAGAGUUUGCAGAAUGAAGGCUGCUCAGCGGCCUCUGUUACCAAUCAGAGGGUUUUUUUUUUUUUUGUCCUCGGCUCCUACCCCCACCACCUCCAGAGUUUCACUACAAGCUGUUUCCUUUAAGACUCUGUAGCACUGACAUUUCCCCCCUUUCGGGAGAGAUGAACCUAUACUGUGACAGAAUUUCUCAUCAACUGAUAAACAUUUUACAACUUCUUUCUGCCCAGGUCACUGAGAAAUUCUUUCCAAACUCUGUAGAGUUCUGGUCUUAUCUGUGGUUGUUGUUUUUUGAUACUUUUUGUUUUUUUCUUUUGAAAGCUCUGUUUGCAGCCACCCUGUCACCUCCACCCUCCUAUUUCUCCUCCGCCUUUGGUUCUUGGCUUUAACCACAGCUCUGUUUAAAUAAGGGAGCAACAUCCGGUUUGUUAGCUGAUGCCUGUUAAAAAAACGAUUCAGUUCCUAAAAUCUUUGAAAAACGGUGUGCCUGAAAACUCAUGAGAAAACAAACAAAACUUAACAUUAAACUGUAAAAAAGGGGAUUCUAGCAACAAUAUUUGAUGUGU